AUGAGGCUGGUGACCUACCCGCCCAUGGCCUUCGGGGUGUCGAUCAUCGCCUUCACUUUGCAGCUGGUCCGUGAGCGGGAGGUGAAGUGUAAGCAUGUCGCCUUGGCGCAGGGCCUUUCGGUGCGGGCCUUCUGGCUGGGCACGCUGAUGGCCCAUUAUUUGGUUAAUGUGGUCAACGCCGUGGUGCUUCUGCUGGCGAUCCAAUGGAGGGGCGGCCCGAAGCUCACCGGAAGUGGCUUCCCCAUGCUCAUAGUGGAGGCCAUGAUUUAUCCCGUGAGCUUGCUGCUGAUGGCGUACAACGUCUCCAUGCUUUUCACCCAGGUGGAGCUCGCUGUGAAGGUCCUACCGCUCACAAACAUGCUGCUGGGCACCAUUCCGACGACCUGCGUGUACCUCCUGCUGCAGCUGCCCGAGUGGCUGGAGGUGGCUCGGGGGCUGCACGCUGCGAUGUCUUUGUUGAAUCCGGUCUAUGGUCUGCCCGGCAUGGUCCUCAUGAUGUACGAGGAGCCACACAUGACCUUGUCAGAGCUCCUGGUAUCUAGGACUGCCAUCCCUCUCUACGGCUCUGUGGUGGUGAUUGCCAUGCUGGCGAUGAAUCUGGUUUACCAGGAUGCCCGGAGCCGGAGCGCCGUGCCCGGGGACUUCCAGGAGUUUGAUGCAGGUCGCAAGGACGAUGACGUUCUUACGGAAGAGUCCCGGGUGAACACAAGCAUCUUCGACGACAACAACGAGGACGCAGCCAUGUACCACGAGUUGCACCACACCUACAGGGGAGCGGAGGCGGAGCGGCGGAGAGGCGCCAUGGCGCCCGCAAGAUGGGCGCUGCUCCCGCUGCUCCCGCUGCUCCCGGUGACGAAAGCGCUGCUCAACUGCUCGGCACCUCGGCGCGAGGCGCACGACCCGGUGACGGCGGUAUGCUGCACGGCACAAGACGCCUGGGAUGGUCUGGUGGCCGAAGGUGGUUGUGGAGGCUCAGGACCCACGGAGAACCAAUGCAACGCAGCCAUGGAGCUGUGCAGAGAGCCUUUGGCGGGUCGGCGAAUCGCCGGGUCGGGCCCUGACUGCCAGCGGGCAGUGCAGGACUUCAGCAUCUCGGAGGAUUCAGAUGUGGCGGUGGACCUGUCGUCUGCCAAGGUCACCUGUGAGCUCCCCCAGUGGACGCCGUGCGGCGGCACGGUGCGGGGCCUGGGGGUGGGGCUGCUGAUCGCCACGGGGGUGGCGCUGCUGCUGGUGGCCUCAGCCGCCUGCGUGGCCUUCGACUGGCGGCUGCUGCCCUCGCUGGUGGCGAAGCAGCGCCGGAAGCUGCUGGUGGAGGACAUCCACGCGCAGGACAAGGGUGAGGUGCUCGAGCCCGAGGGCAGGGCCGAUUCAGCGCCGGCGCCGCCUCGGCCAGUGCCCCCCGCGCCGCCCACACCCACGGCGCGGCCGCCUCAGGGCUUCGACGGCUUGCGUGCGGCGGCGGACGGAGAUGCGCCAGCAGAGAGUCCCGCCAUGGCGGCCAUGUCGCCGCAGGACCAAAUCAUCGGCGCAGGCGAGCCUGAAACGGUGAAGGCACCGCCUAGGCCAAGGCAUUAUGCAUCGGCUUAUGCCUUGCAUAAGGCGUUCAUGGUUAUAGCGUGCAUCGCCGUGGUGCUGAGAGUGUCGUACAUUGUCGCACGCGUGCUGUUGGUUGUGGGCUUAAGCCUGGCUUACCAGUGCUUGCCCGAACUGCUCCUUUGCAUUUUGCCGUUGGUUUGGGUCGCUUGUACCUCCAGACGGCCAAAGUCAUCCACGAUUGCCAUCCCGGCGAGUGUUGCCUACUGGGGCCCUUGGGGCGCCUUGCCUCGCUUCACCACCUAUGCAGUGUGCACGAUCUGCACCGAGAUCUACAGCACUCUGGUGGCUGCGUUGGCAGUGGCCCGUAUGCCCUGCAACUCCUCGCCCCUGGCUGGGGUGCUGCUCUACUGCAUCGGCCUGCUGGUGGCAGUGGUCCGGGCCUACUGCGCUGUGCUGGCCCUGCGCCUGCAGGACGAGCUGGCCAGCAUGUGCCGCCGGGUGCUCCCCAGAGAGAAGGCGGCCUGGGGCAACGCGGGCAACACCAAGGCCAUGGACCAGAAUCAGAAGCGCUGGCAGGGCUUGGGGUUCUUCGGGUCGCGGGAGGUGAUCGAGGAUACUGUGCGGGACUUCAACGAGCCAGACGACCCCUCCAAAGCGGCCCUGGCUUGCCCCUUCCUCCCCGAGUUCCUGUGUCCCGUGCUGCGCCGCCGGCUUGUUGGACGACGGAUCCUGGCAGGCGGCAUUUUGCUGGGUGUCCUGUCGGCGGGGGCCUCUGCCUUCAUCGCGCGGGCGGUGCUCGGAGAACAGCAGCCGGAGGAGGAGCGCCUUUCCUCGUGUGAUGCCACGCAGAACGGGACCAGCACCUGCGCGGCUUGGGAGCUGGCGGGGGUGAACGUCACGGAUGCCGCAGGUGUGCGGAAGAUGGACCUGGCCCGAACGCUCACGGACUGUUGCCAAGGCUGCGACGAGGUGAAGGAUUGCCAGGGCUGGAUCUUCGAGCAUUUGGACAAGCGGUGCCGCUGGAUCCACUUCGUGGACGAGGUGUGCAAUGCCAAUCCCGGAGACAUGAGCUGCAGAUGCUUCACGAGUCGUGGUAUUGCCUUCAGCUUCAAGCCGCCGAAGAAGACCUAUUUGAUUUGGGUGGACGCAAGCUGGGAGUAG